UUCAUCAUUAACAGCUUAAAAAUGUCUUGGUGAUUGUAAAGAGUAUAAAGAAUUAAGUACUCUUCUUGGUUCUUUAUCAAAAUUAAAAUUAUCUGUUGAAGAACCCAAGCUUUGUGCUUUAAAUAAUAUUGUUAUCACUACAAUUUCUAGAGAUUAUUUUUUUAGUAUCUUUAAUCAGCUUUUGUAUUUUAUGUGCCUUCUCCAUUAAUUUCUUUUCUUGCUUGCAGAAGUUGUUUGAUGCAGAUAUUAAUUAAACUCUGCUCACUGGAAAUUGUUUGAAAGGGUAUUUUCACUGCUUUCUUUAAUCUCAUAUGGCAAAUCUACACAUUCCUUCACAAAUGGUGAACAUAUGCUAACAUUUGUGCCUGCGCUUUCUACUGCACUUGAGUCUGUUCAGAUCUGAUUAAUAGUUAUUUUUAAUUACUGAUUGAUCAUUCAAUUUCAUCCCACAAAUAAUAAUAAUAAUAUUUGUUUUGAAUAAUUUUAGAAUCUUCCUUGAUUAUUCUUUACUUUCAACUUUUUCUUUGCUGCUGAUUCAUGCAAAACAUUUGUGUAUUUUUGGACUCCUAAAUUUUUGCAUGUGUUCAACUAAGUUACUCUUAUGUGUAAUCCCGACGGCAGGCAUUUUUGUUCACCUGAAGACCUAGGAAGAUAGAUCGUCAUGCAUGCGUGCAUGAGAAUUGCAUAUCAAGUAAUGAAGAAAACCUAGCUAUUCUUCUCUGUUGACCAUGGAAUGCUUGACUUUCCCAAACUAUAUAAUUCUUUCACUUCAAACGAAAGGCAAAUUACUAGGAGACUUGCAGAGCAAGUGAUGGCAAUGCAUCAUGACUUCCUGCCCAUUUCUAAUGCUAGUUCAUGUUAUUCUUUAUGUGAUUGGGUGAUAGCCAUAUUGCACCAAAACACUUGCAGAGCUCACCACUGAUUGACACCUUGUUUCACAUAGUUGAGGCUUGUGCUCUUUUAUAACACCAGUAAGUAGUGUCAUGAUCAAGGACAGAGCUGUUUGGUUUUUGCCCCCCACCAAAAAAUGUUCUUUUAUUAUCUUGCUCUAAUUUUUAAGCAGCUUCUCCUGUAACAACAUUUCAUUUCUUUAUGUGAAGCUGCAGAUUUGUAGAUCAAAAUCUAGUGAAUUGUCAUGUUCAGCUUCAUGGAAUGACUUGCCAAGUGGGAAAUGAGAGAGACCGACUCUGGUAUGGCUUAAAACAGUGGUGUGAAAGAUGCAUGAGAAGUUCCUGCUGUUUAGUAUAACAUUAUGCACAAAUCUAUUGGCCCAAACAAGCUUACUGAACUGCUGAGGAACUCAAUUAAAUUGCUUGGCAGGUAAGUUUCUAGUGCUCUAUUUGAUCUCAGAUUCAUCCCUGGAGGUCUGCUUGGUCUUAGGAUCACCAGACUAGAAGAAGCGAGUGCUAGAACAACUGACAUGUUUGCUGUAAACCUAAAUCUCCUAGUGCAGAUUUACUCAAGACACUAAACAUCUUGUGAUGAGAUAUGCAGGGAUCAGCAGCUGCAGCAUAUCCAAGCUUGGACGUCACAGAAACGUUGGAAGAGUGCAGCUCAAUCAAACAUGCUGUGCACCAUCAAUUUCCAGGAAGUCUAUCUCACAUGCUCUGCCCUAAUCCAUGGAGGUUCCUUCUCAAACCAUGCAAUCACAAGUCUAGUUUAUUUCCUCAUAAUUCUAUGAUGCAGAGGCACAAUUCUGUGGUCACCACGACUUCAGAAACUAAUAACCCAGCUCCUCGAACCAUCCAUCAUCCUUGAGCACCACCGUCGAGCAGCAAACCCUAAUAAAUACACCAUCGUGAUUUGAUCACUCCACUUGCCACUUGAGUUCCUAAGGUGGGAGGAAGAGUAAAUGCCUUCUUCGACUCCCAAGCCAAUCACAUGCACGUACGCAGCUAAAGCUCUUCCAGUGGGAUCUGAUGAGGAAGAUGGCACCUCUUAAUCAACCUUGCUUCGGGAUCAAUGAAGAGAGCUCAAAACUAGCUUUAUCCAAGUCCACCGGCGUAGCUGCCGGCGUCAACCUUUUCUUUUGGCAGCCACGAGGUAUUUAAGCCGACCUGCACCCCCCCUACGUCGAAACCUUUGUCCAAGUGCUUCUUCCUAAGCCAAGGUGAUGGCAUCGGCUGCGUCGUCGUCGUCCAGCACCGGAGUCCCGCCGGGGUUCCGGUUCCACCCCACGGACGAGGAGCUCCUGCUCUACUACCUCAAGAAGAAAGUCUCCUUCGAGAAGUUUGAGCUGGAGGUUAUCAGAGAGGUUGACUUGAACAACGUUGAGCCAUGGGACUUGCAAGAGCGCUGCAGGAUCGGGUCUGCGCCUCAAGAUGAGUGGUACUUCUUCAGCCACAAGGAUCGCAAGUACCCCACCGGGUCGCGGACCAACCGCGCCACCGGCGCCGGAUUCUGGAAGGCUACCGGGCGCGACAAGUGCAUCCGGAACAGCUACGAGAGGAUCGGCAUGAGGAAGACGCUGGUGUUCUACCGCGGCCGCGCGCCCCACGGCCAGAAGACCGACUGGAUCAUGCACGAGUACCGGCUCGACGACUCCGACGACGCCCGGGGCGAAGCCGGCGGUGGCAGUGAUGAUGGAUGGGUGGUGUGCAGGGUCUUCAAGAAGAAGUGCUUCUUCAAGGGCAGCGGCGAAGGGAGCACGAGCCAAGCCAUGGAGAACCACAUGAGCGUCGCCGCCAGCCACGACCAGUCCCCAUCGCUGAGCUCUAACUACAUCCACCCAAAUCUCGGCCACCACCACCGCCACCUCCACCACCACAACGGCCUGUACUACUCCCAGAUGCCCACCGGCCCCUACUCCCAUGGCCAAGUGCAGGACCUGAUGACCAACCACAGGCCGUCGGGAUACGACUUCGGGGUGCUCCCCGGAGACUCCUCCCCCGUCGUCAAGCCCUACGACGGAGCAUUAGCAGCUGCAGCCGCCUGCGUAGGGAUGCAAAGCGAGAGGGAUCCGGGCCCGAACGAGUGGGCGGUGCUUGACGGCAUAACGGCGCAGCAGCAGCAGCAGAUGAAUCAGAUGGCGAGCCAACGCGGGGGAGAGAUGGAUUUGUGGGGAUAUGGGAAGUAAAGGUCACAUUGGGCUGGCCAUGUGCAUGGAAUUGUUGUGGCUCAAACUCCAUCGUUCAUUGCAAUAAGGACCAAAUUGGUGGUAUGCAUGAGCGAACUCAGAAGAGUCUCAGCUCCUCUGCCCACAGAAUCGAUUGUGUCUGUUCCUUUGAGUGUUUACAUGUUUUAAUUGUGUAAGGGUCGAUCUCUACAUCCUGUCAAUGUACACAUGUAUAGAGUAGACAAUGUUCUAAUAAUAUAUCAUAAUGAAUAUGCUGAA